AUGAAGCAAGAGCGUGCAGCGUAUUUGCAGUCUGCACUGGACGAGGAGCGUCAGCGCUUUCAGCUAGAAGCUGACAACGACAAACAGCGACUCAAACUGGCGUUGGAAGCCACUGCAGAUAAGGAGAAGAAGUUGGCUGAAGAAGUGGAGAAACAACGCAGUAGAGCCCUGGAACUUCAGCAACAAUUGCAUGAAAUGCAACUGGAACAUGCGGAGUGGAAACACACGACCAAAGUGAAGCUGUCACAGAUGAUAGAAGAGCUUAAAAAUGAUUUCUUGCAGGAACAACGCGAAAUGCAGGAGAAAUACGAUUACGCAGUGUAUCUGUUACGGAAUGCACGAGAUGAUAUCGUGGAACUCGGCCAACGUAACGAAGAUCUCGAGAAACGUUUGCAUGAACUGAUUAUCUGGGAUAAAACGUGGUGAGAGCAGUGGUUGUACCGGAGUACUUUGAAGUAUCUCUUGUUGCACAUGAAUAAACCAGGAAAACUUGUACGCUCACGUUGAGCAGAAGUACGUCUGGUUGGCUUGGGAAUAACGACUGGUAGUGCUGGCGAGGACUAUCUCGACUGGGCUUUGGCUUUCAUACUGCUUCGCUUGUCAGCUAGUCGACGAUAGAAAUGGUGGAG